CGUGAACUCUAUACAGUAUCGGAAGUGUGGCCUUGCCUUUAUCCGCGGUUUUCGAAUGAUAUCAAACCAGUGACAAAAUAGAAACCUUUUUCGCAAGCUAGGCUAGUUACGUUAGUGCCAAAUAAAAAGAAAAAGCCGUUCGACGGCUUUUUAUCUUUAGUUUAGCCAAUCGACCGUCGCCGCAUUUUACCGUUGGGUUUACGGUGUGCAAAUUACCGCCCAACCGUCAACUGGGCUAGAGGGCCGCGCCGUCACCAUCGCGCACGCAUCAGACGAUCAACGAGAGCACGCCAAUUCGCCAGGACCGGGUCCACCCUGCUAGGUGGCUUAGGAUAGCAUCAGCAGCAGAGAACACUCACAUCGAAGAAAGACCUCAUCGCAUUGCUUGCUGCUCAUCGUUCGUGCGAUCAUCACGCGCUGUAAGGCACAGCCAGAGGUAUUUCUACCAGCAGUAUUGCUACAGGCCUGUAAGCUCAUUCCACAUUCUUGAAAUAUAUACUGAUAACACUAACCGUCUUCGGUAUGGUGGCGAAUUGCUCGAAAAUACUUGUACUCGUUCCCUUUCCGGCGUCGAGUCAUUGGUUUUGGCUGCAUCACUUUGUCGUAGAGCUACUGGAUCGAGGCCACCAAGUCACAGCGAUUACCAACUUUGCUGCGACCGAGCCACAUCCCAACUAUACCGAAGUAGUGAUAGAUCCUCCUUUCGAUAUGCCAUACUACUUUCCCGUAUCGGAUAUAUUCGAGGCAAAGUACAGCGGUGAUCUGUCCAAUUUGUUUUUAUACUGGCACGUGGGGAUUUCCACAACAAAAUACGCACUGCGAGACCCUAACGUUCAACAUUUUAUUGAGCAGGACGAUAGCAGCUUCGAUCUGGUUAUAUCGGAACAGUUUUAUCAGGAGGCUUUCUUGAUGUUCGCCCAUAAGUACCGGGCACCGAUAGUAACGAUAGGAACAUUGGGCUAUUCGGAUUUUAUGGAUCGCGCAAUGGGGCUGCUGACCCCGUGGUCCUUUGUUCCGCAUCCAAUAUUGACGUACAUGGAUGAUAUGAGCUUCAGCCAGCGCUGCUACAAUUUUCUGAUAUCAGCAACUGAUGCUCUGAUAAGGAAAUACUACUAUUUACCUCGACAGGACAAAUUGGCGAAGAAAUACUUUUCUACAAUUGAAGGCCCUGAAUCGUUUCCAUCGGUGGAGGAGCUGGAAAGGUCUAUCUCGGUAAUGCUGAUAAAUAGUCAUAUCUCUACAACACCACCUAGACCUUCGAUAACGGGAUUGGUGAAUGUGGCCGGAGCUCACAUUAAACAGGUGAAGGCAUUACCGAAAGACAUUCAACGAUUUCUAAACAGUGCUACCGAGGGUGCAAUAUUUUUUAGCCUUGGGUCUUACGUCAAGAGCACCGAUAUGCCAAAAGAUAAACUGAAGGCAUUUUUUGAGGUCUUUCGGAAUAUCAAGCAUAAAGUGCUGUGGAAGUUCGAAGAUGAAACAAUGACCAAUGUUCCGAAAAAUGUCAUGGUGAGAAAUUGGUUACCUCAAAGUGAUAUCUUAGCCCACCCAAAUGUGGUUCUCUUCAUUACUCACGGUGGAAUGUUUGGUACCCAGGAGGCCAUCUACCGUGGAGUUCCGAUGCUGCUCAUUCCAUUCUUCGGCGAUCAGCACCAGAAUACACUAAAAGCGGAGCGCUCCGGAUAUGCUCUGUCAUUGAACUUUGCAGAUGUUAAUGUAAUCACGUUGGGGUCGAGAAUCAAUGAGUUACUGACUGAUCCUUCCUAUAAAAAACUGGCGAAAAAAGCAUCUGAACUAUUUCGCGACAAUCUGGUGCCACCAAUGGAAGAAGCCAUGCACUGGAUUGAAUACGUGAUACGACACAAAGGAGCCAAACAUUUGAAGUCAGUGUCUGUGGAUCUUAACUGGAUCCAGUACCAUAUGCUAGACGUGAUAGCAUUUUUUACGUUUACAAUAGUUCUAAUACUUUUUGUUAGCUAUAAAAUCCUGUCGGCACUUUUCAGGGUGUCAGCUAUACAAAAAUCAAAGGAACCCAAAAAAUAUGUCCUGUCGUCUAGAACCCGAAGUCAUAUGAAAUAUAAGGAAGCUUGUAUUCAAAAAUAAAGUUUACUCGUAAAAUAAAA